CUUGCAGAUCUAAUACCAUGUAGCGGCUGUCUUGCAUAAACAGGAAAAGCAUGGUUUCAUGUUAGUAUAUCUAGAGGUAGCAAGCAAACCCUGAGCAGAUUCAGACUUUGCAGCAAAGAUGAAGAACUUCCUGCCAAAGUUCGCUCUCAAAAAACUCAGCACCUACGUCGCAGUGAUUGUGAUUUUUGUUCACAAUGUUGUGCUCGACAAGGAUUUGGAGUGCUCGUGCAAAGGACGAGCUCUUGACUGCAAUUUCUACAUGAUUAUGCCGUUCUUUAUUAUAUUUGUUUUACAACUCUGGACGGACAGAACAUUUCUGAGAGCCUGGAAGUAUACCUGUGCCUGUACCUGUAUGUGUACAAAUGAAUGCAAGAAAGCCUUUAAAAAACGUUGCAAACUGUUCUGCAUUUUAGUUUAUCACAUUGUCAAGGCUGUGUUUGUUGGUCUGCUGUGGGUUACCUCUGUGUACAUCGAUGGAGACUGGUAUGUUUGCUGUUGGAAUGAUCAUUCUGAACAACAGAAACAGUUAGCCUGCAAAGACAAAAAAACUCACAGCUGAGGAAAAGGCGAUCAUCGCUGAACUGAAAAACCAUUCAAUGGUUAUCGGCAUGUCUCUGCUCUUUUGUAUCCUGUCCCUGGCUGCCUUGAUAUCAUUAUUUGGACGGAUGACAUGCUGUAAGGAUUCAAGUUGUUGCAACAGAAAUAUUUUGUACUACGAAGUGAUUUUGGAUGAGGAGGAAAAUGUGCUGAAAGAGAUUUUGACAAAAGCAGCAAAAGAACAGUUGACUGACGCAGUCAAGUUGAAAAUGGGUAAACCCGAGUGGCAGAAAUGUUAUGAUGUUGCUAUAGAACUGAUUGAACAACCCACUGCAGCCGAAAACCAGGAGCACAUUCCUCUUGAACAACGGAGGCCAGAGGAUCCGAGGCCAGAGGAUCCGAUGCUAGAGGAACCAGAGGAUCGGCAGCCAGAGGAUCAGAGGCCAGAGGAACCAGAGGAUCGUAGGCCAGAGGAUCGUAGGCCAGAGGAUCAGAGGCCAGAGGCGGCUCGUCUUUUGGCGGAGGAGCAGGAGAGAAGGGAGGAGAAUCCAGAUUCAUCCGACGCUCGCCUAUAAAGAUGGAUCUUUUAUGAUCUUUUUUUUUUAUGCAACACAACAUACUGGAAAGAAAUGUUGUAUUGACCUUAAACACUGGAUGGUUCAGAUCUUCCUGCAGCUAAAUGUAGAUAAGGAGAGAGGGAGAGAGGGAGAGGAAGAAAGAGAGGCCGUGGGCCGUUAAAGUCUGUCCAUUUUUUGGCAGCUGUAAAAUUCCAGCAACAUCAGCAAACGUCUUCCCCUGCUGUUGCUUUUUGGUUUUCUUUUCUUUUACAAUUUGUGUACAGGGAUUUCUCUGAACCAAGUCAUAAUACAUUACAUAGAUGAGACGUAAAUCAGAUGUUUGAUCUGAUUAAACCAACAGGCCGGUACCUGUGCACACAGUGUGUACUGCAGAGCUGGAGGAGCUGGCACCUGCAAAAUAGAAAGUAUUCACCACACAAUGUUGGCAUUAAACGACCACAAGCACGUGUGGUUUCUCUUUCUCAGGCCGACUCUUUCCUUCUUGUGCUGCGUGUCUGAUCAGUAACCUGUUUGCAUCCUGUCACUGCAGCGCUGCUCACCUUCAUGUCUCUACCUUUUAAAAUUCAAUAAAACAAAACAGAACAUUGAAACUGUUCUGAAAUGAU